UCCACUUUCCCGAAGACCACUUCGGCUACUUGGUUAUUUAUAGGAACAACACCGAGCGCAGACACGCGCAGAUUUGGAGGCGGAGGAAUGGCGGCGAGGAACGGGAGGUGGCAACCGCCGCCGGCGCCGACGAUACUCAAUCUGCCGCGGCUCCCCAGGAGGUCUCGUGCGGCAGCACCGCGAAAUCCGGGAUUGGACCGGAACGUCGGGGAUCUCCCGGACAGGGAGCGGAGUGCAAGGCCGCCGCCGCCCCCGCCGCAGGUGAUGAUGGUGGAGGCCGAGGCGACGGCCGCGGGCGAGAGCAGGGGGGACUCGGGUGGCGAGGAAAGGUGGCGGUUCCAGGCGGAGAUACUUCGAGCGGAGUGUAACUUCUUGAGAAUGGAGCGGGAGGUGGCGCUUCGGAAGCUCGAGAGGAACCGCACCGAGAUGGAGAUCGCAUUGAAAUCCGCCAUGGAAACCCUAGUCUCGGGGAGGAAGAAGAUCGAUGGGUGCGGAAGCGUAGGGACAGCAUUGGACGAGGAGAUCGAGGAACUGGAAGAGAAGCUGGAGGAGCUCAAGUUGGGGAAUAGCAACAGGCGGAAGAGGAGCACGGGAAGCUCGAGAAAGCUGCUGCGAGGUAGUUGCGGAGGAGACUUCGACCGGCGAGCGUUCAUGCUCCGGCGGCAACUGAAGAAGAUGGAGGAGGACACCAGCGUGAAGGACAUACAAGAGAUUUCUGUGCAAGCCUUCGCAAACAAAGGUCCAGAAGCAGAGCGGCAUCAACCAGAGGAUCACGACAUGGAGAAGCUGAGGAAGAAGAUGGAGGGCAUGUCCAAAGGGAUGUUGGAGAGGAUGGAGGAGUGCAGCUACUUGCUCUCUGCCAAAAGCAGUACCAUCACCACCACCACCACCACCACCAAAAGCGAGUGGAAUUGCAGCAGCCAACAAACAACUGGGAUCACUGAAGCAGCAGACAUGGUGGAGGAAAAGAUGGGGCUGCUGAGCUGCUGCAGUUGCAAGGAGGUGGUCGGGCGAAUAGUGCAGCAGGUGAGGGCCGAGACGGAGCAGUGGAGCGAGAUGCAACAGAUGCUGGAGCAAGUAAGGGUGGAAAUGGAGGAGCUCCGGUCCUCCAGAGACCACUGGCACCGACGAGCCAUCGCCUCCGAGAUCAACUUCCACUCCCAGCAUACGCAAAAGCUCGAGUGGAAGCAAAGGGCGAGAUCUUCCGAGCGGAAGGUGAUCGAGCUACAGAAACUAUCGAAAGAGCUGCAGCCACGGCGGACCAAGCUCCUCAAUGCCCCCUCGUCGUCAUCCCCUCUGCAGUCGGACCUACUACUGCCUGCAGAUCCACGAAGGGCGGUGAGAUCGCAUGACUCGUACAACGAGAAGGAGAAGCACGUUCUGGUGUGCCAUCUGAAGUCGCAGCACAACUCGAGUAGACGCUCGCCGUUGCAGGUCAUCGACAACAUUUCUCCACUUCUCAGACCAAGACGCUGAGCAUGGAGUUCGGGGUGAUGGGAGGCACGAACACAGACAUAUAGGGCGCAUGCAAUGAUCUUGAAUCCAGCAUGGUCGGGAGCAUGAUGUGAGAGAUGCCAAUUACAUGAGAACCACAUUGUUUGGCA